CACGCCGAAGGUCAGUUCCGCUUCGAAGUUCACACUUCAGGCGCACUUUAACUAUUGUUAGAUUCCAAAACCCAUAACGCUCCUCAUUGCUUUCGCCACCUCUCCUCCCGCCAAGCACGGCUGAGAACGCCACGACUUUGAAACCUGGAAUGGAAAACCAGAGAGCCGACAGGGGCAUUUUACAGCCGCAGCCGGACGGAGCUCAGGCUGGGCCGGCCGCGGAAUGAUACAUGAAUCAAAAAGAUGAGUCGGGGGGGAACGGCGAAGAGAAAUAGAGUCACAGCCAUAGUAUGUUGUUAGCUGGAAAUCCCUGAAGGAUCCCUGAUCAUUUGAGCUUGAUUUUUGAAUGGCAUUGUUGUUAUUGUCACGGGGACUAUGUUCCGAGGCGGAUUUGUCAAGGAAAAGGGAAGAGGCGUCUCCAUGGUGACGAGUCGUUGGGAGUCCGGGGUGGCUAAAACAUAGCAGCCUGCAGUCUGAAUAGAUAGGGUCGGUAACUUUAAAUAGAGUGAGAGAGAUCGAAAUAAUUUAACUUUGGGAAAAGAAUGCGAAAAUUAAUAAUAAGAAAAUUUGAUAGAUUAAACAAGAGGCGGUUGGAAUAAGCAUGAAGUACAGGCUAGGGGUCUGUUUGUUGUAGUUGAGAGCAGUUGCUACAAAUCAAAGGAUAUACUAUGUAAUUUUUUUAAAAAAAACUACUUUAACGAUGAAUAAAUGGAGGGAAUGACUACAAAUUAAAAUUUUGGGCAGUUUAAAAGAGGAGGAAAGCUAGUUUCUUACUUAAAAUGUGCCUUUGAGACCUAAGGAUUAGUGCAUCCAAAUGUUCUUUUGAAAAUCCUUACCUGAAUGAAACGGGUCAAUAAUAUUACGGAAAUGAAACAAAAGAUUCUCUGACAAAAAAAAAUUAAAAGGAAAAGGGGAAAUUAAUAAAAUUGCAAAUUGAGCAAGGUUAACUAGUAAUGGAGGACAAAAUAUCAGCCAGCAAAUGUAAGAUGAAAUCAAUGGCAAAUUUAAGUGUUGAGUCAGCAGAAAAGAAGAAAAAGAAGACGAGAGACAAGGCAAAGAAGAAAUCCUCUAAGACAAGAAGAAAUUCUUCAAGUACCCCAUCGACUUCAGAUGAGACCGUUCUGGCUCACAAACAUGGGAAAAGCAGUAAACGACAUACGCAUUCUACACCUCCAAAUACUGAACCACCGGUUAGUCAAGGUGACACCAAGAAAAGUCCAAAACCUAAGAAUAUCAGCAGUAAAGCCGACAGAAGUCAGGAUUCCGAUGGUGAUUCCCUUUACUCUGUAGAUCAGCUCACCACGUCAAUAAAUGAGACUCUGCGGUGGGAUGGAAUUCUUGAAGAUCCCGUAGCAGAAGAGGAGAGGAUCAGACUUUACAAGCUAAAUCGGCAGCUGAGGUACCUGGCUGCCCAGAAACGUUCUCGCAAGGAUAUUGAACGUUGCCAACAGGAGCUUUCUGUUAUCCAGUCUCAGAAGGAGAAUCCAUAUAUUAUCAGCAGUAAGACAUUACAGCAACUAGCCAUAAAGGAUCACUCCAAUCCUUAUUUUGUGGGCCAAAGACUCUGAAGGCCAAAGUACAUUUUUGCCUGAGCUGGCAUCCCAGCUCAUAACCUUCUAAUCACAAUGUUCCUUGCAGUUAUAAACCUACAAACAUAACUGUGAAGGUGGUUUAAAUUCCCCUUUUGUAUGGUUUCUGAAAUGUUCUAAAAGCAGAUCUCAGACUGAACAACUAGGACUGAGGAAGGCUAUUGUUUAUCAAAACUCUUUGGUAACCUCUUCUGUAAAGACAUGACAGUUUGAGGUCUGAAGAAAACAAUUAAGGCUUUGCCUCCACUUAUGUUCUCUUUUUUGGGGGGACGGAGGGAAAUAACCAAAAUCAUUGUAUCUAACAUGGCCACUCGGGUUUCCAGUUAUUAUCAGGUAAAAUCAGUAGGCACUUAAACCUACAACUGCUCAGAUUAAUGGUGUUUUUACUCAUUCAAAUUGAGACCAAACCGUACUUGUUUAGAUGUUCGAACAUAUUCUCUACAUGUAAAUUAUAAACUAGGUUGCCAAAGUGUACUUUUUAUUUUACUAUGAAGUUUUGUUGUUCUUAUAAGCUGCUCAUAAUUUGAUUUGCAAACAAAGUCCAUUGCUGCAAUCCAUCUUGAACAGAAUGAGCAGCCCAAAGGAGAUUCCAUGGAAGUGAAAAAAUUACUGUUGAGCCAGUUCUGGCUGUUCCCACACAUCUUUAUAUAGCCAUUCCAGGUUUCAUGUUGGCAAUACUCGAAACUGGAUCACCAACUGUACCCUCAGUCUGAUUAUUUACUUAAGAUGUGAAAUUGUGAUGAAUAUUAUUAAUAUGAAUUAAGAUACUUCAAAAACUGAUAAAUUCACAAGUUAGUGAUAUGUACUCAAAAAUGCAAGGGGAGAAUUUGAGAUGUUGCUAGUGGACAAUUAGUGCAUCAAAAACAUUAUUUUGUCUA